AUGAGUAGCAAUCCAUAUGAGAUAAGUCCAGAUCAAGUCCAGCUUCCCAAUAAGGCUAAUGUCCCCUCAUUAAAGUUCUGCAAUAAGUCCGUCGAGGAAACGGCUUCAGAGUUGAAUACCGAUAUCCAAACCGGUCUAGUCGAUAGUCAGGAUAUACUAUAUCGUAAAUCGAUAUACGGGGUAAACGAGUUGAACAGCGACAAUGACGAAAGCUUGCUUUGGAAAUUCUUGACUUCUUUUUACCAGGAUCCCUUGAUUUUGCUAUUGAUUGGUUCAGCAAUUGUUAGUUUUUGGAUGGGUAACAAAGAUGACGCAAUAAGUAUUACCCUAGCUAUAAUCAUUGUUGUCACAGUUGGCUUUGUCCAGGAGUACAGAUCGGAAAAAUCGUUGGAAGCUUUGAAUAAAUUGGUACCGGCAGAAGCUCAUUUAACAAGAAAUGGCAACACAUCAACAGUGCAAGCGUCAACAUUAGUCCCGGGUGAUAUCGUCCAUUUCGCAACAGGAGAUAGAAUCCCCGCAGAUGUAAGGUUGACAAAAGCAGUUUAUUUGACCAUUGACGAAAGUAACUUGACUGGUGAAAACCAACCUGUUAAAAAGUCUGUUGAAACAGUUGCAAUGAAAGAGCCCUCAGUAACAGAUAGAACAGAUAUUGCAUAUAUGGGGACAUUGGUAAGAGACGGCCAUGGUAGUGGGAUUGUAGUUGGUAUCAGCGGGCAAACCGUAUUUGGUACCGUUUUUGAAAUGAUGAGUGAAAUUGAAAAACCAAAAACUCCAUUACAACAAGCUAUGGAUAAAUUGGGUAAAGACUUGAGUAUAUUCAGCUUUACAAUAAUCGGUAUCAUUUGCUUGAUCGGGAUAGUCCAAGGAAGAUCAUGGUUGGAUAUGUUUCAGAUCUCUGUUUCGUUGGCAGUGGCAGCUAUACCUGAAGGUUUGCCUAUUAUUGUUACUGUUACUUUGGCCUUGGGCGUGUUGAGACUAGCUAAACAAAAGGCUAUUGUUAAAAGAUUACCAAGCGUUGAAACAUUGGGGUCGGUCAAUGUGAUUUGCUCAGACAAGACUGGUACAUUAACUCAAAACCACAUGACAGUGACCAAGAUAUGGACUACCGAUUUCAAAGGAAGUUUCAAUACUCCAUUUCUUGUUGUGGAAAGACUUGAUGAUAACACUUUACAUCACCAACUUUCAAGCAAUAUGAAACGAGUAUUACUAAGUGGGAACAUUUGCAACAAUGCAAGGUACUCUACUGAUUUGGAGAAAUAUGUUGGUAAUCCAAGCGAUAUUGCUCUUCUUGAAUGCUUACCACAUUUCGGUCUUGAGGAUAUAAGAGGGCAAAAGGAAAGGAUGCAUGAAUUACCAUUCAACUCAACUCGCAAGUAUAUGGCUGUUUGUGUUCACAGUGGAGAUAUGGAUAAACCAGAAACAUUUGCCAAGGGUGCUUCAGAAAAGAUUCUUGAGCACUGCAAUCGAUAUUAUGAUGAAUAUGGGAAUAUCAAGCCCAUCAAUGAUAAGAUAAAAGAAACAAUACACGAAAAUUCAAAACUACUAGCCAUGGAUGGACUUCGGGUUUUGGCAUUUGCUGAAAACAAUAAAAAGUUUACGAAUGAAAAAGACGAUCAACACCAUCAACAGGAGCCUGGAGAAUUGAUCUUUUGUGGUUUAACUGGUAUGAAAGACCCACCAAGGCCUAAUGUGAGCAAAGCCAUUUCAAUGUUGAUGAAAGGUGGUGUACACGUCAUUAUGAUAACUGGGGAUUCACCAACAACAGCAAUAAACAUUGCCAAGCAAAUAGGUAUACCGAUGAAUGGUGAGCACUCGGUCAUGACAGGUGACCAAAUUGAUGAAUUAAAAGAAGGAUCACUAGCUGAAGCUAUCCACAAUGUUUCCGUUUUCGCCAGAACCACUCCUGAACAUAAGGUGAAAAUAGUCAAAGCCCUACAAUUACGUGGAGACAUUGUUGCAAUGACCGGGGAUGGUGUAAAUGAUGCACCAGCUUUGAAAUUAGCAGAUAUCGGAAUCGCAAUGGGUAAAAAUGGAACCGAUGUUGCCAAAGAAGCAGCAGACAUGGUUUUAACCGAUGAUGACUUUAGUACAAUCUUGAGCGCCAUUGAGGAAGGAAAGGGAAUCUUUAAUAAUAUACAAAAUUUCAUAACAUUCCAAUUGAGUACAAGUAUUGCCGCACUUACUUUAAUUGCAUUGAGUACGUUUUUUGGCUUACCCAACCCAUUGAAUGCUAUGCAAAUCUUAUGGAUUAAUAUCCUUAUGGAUGGUCCGCCGGCACAGUCCCUUGGUGUUGAGCCAGUUGAUCAUGAAGUGAUGAAUAAAGCACCACGUAAGAGGAACGAUAAAAUCUUAACUUCUCAGUUAAUCAAACGUGUUUUGCAAUCAGCAGCAAUGAUCAUUAUUGGUACACUUUACAUAUUCAUCAAGGAAAUGACCGAUGGCCAAGUAACUGCAAGAGACACAACAAUGACGUUUACAUGCUUUGUCCUUUUUGAUAUGUUCAACGCCUUGGCAUGUCGUCAUCACUCGAAAUCGAUCUUCCAUUUGGGUCUUAAGAACCAAAUGUUUAAUUUUGCAGUAUUGGGCUCUCUCAUUGGUCAAUUCUGUGCCGUUUACGUUCCAUUCUUUCAGAAAAUAUUCCAGACCGAAGCUUUAUCUUUGAAGGACAUUAUCCAUUUGUUAUUAUUGUGUAGCUCAGUCUUUUUUGUUGAUGAAGGAAGGAAAUGGUACCUUAGAAGAAAGUCCGGUUAUACCAAUAAAUAUAACUAUGUUGUAUGA